AUGCAUGCACACCGCUCAGACGAACCGUCUGGUGAGACGCAGGAGAACCCUAGGCAGGAAGCACACCAUAGUCCUAGUGAUCUCUCAGUGCCGGCAAUCCACCAAGAUCGCAUAAGGAGAGCCUCAAACGCCAUUCCAGAAAGCCCACCCCAGCCAACAAAGGAAAGAAUUAAGUGGCCCAAAAUGAGUGAAGGGAAGGGGUGGUCCAUGUUAGAUGAAGAUCUAGACAGAGUGCUCGGAGCAGUUCAAGCAGGAUCAGCGGAAAGGAAGGUGGAUUUACUGACAGCCAUCACCUACAAUUUGGCAAAGGAACGGUUUGGAACAGUGCCAAGGAGAGAGAAUAAAGCAAGACCAGAAAAGCAGGAAAACAGAAGAGAAAGAAAGAUCAAACAACUUAGGAAGGAGAUCAAAACCCUGAGGAAACAAUUCAAACUGGCAAGCACAGGAGAAAAGGAAGGAAUAAAAGAGCUUACAUCCAGCCUCCGUGAGCAGCUCAUAAGAACAAGAAGAGCUGAGAGGUUCAAGCAGAGGCGGAAGAAGCAGGAAGCUGCUCGAGCCCAGUUUAUAAAGGACCCUUACCGCUUCACCAAAUCACUUCUGGGAGAGGCGAGGUCUGGGACUCUAACAAGUUCCAAGGAGGUGGUGGAGCAGUCUGUUGAGGAGGUGUUCAGUGACCCUACAAGAGACGAUGCCCUGGAAGGAAAUCAUGGGCUUAUUAACAUCGACCCACCUACUAUAUCCCUCAGCACAGAGUGUCCAUCAUGGAGAGAGGUUCAAGAGGUAGUCAAGCACGCAAGAUCAUCUUCUGCUCCAGGUCCCAGCGGUAUACCGUACAAAGUAUACAAAAAAUGCCCCAAGCUCCUCCGAAGGUUAUGGAAGCUUAUGCGGGUAAUUUGGUCCAAGGGAACCAUUCCAACAAGCUGGAGAAGGGCAGAAGGGUGCUUUGUGCCCAAAGAACAGGGAUCCACACAGAUCAGCCAGUUCCGAACUAUCUCCCUACUUAGUGUGGAGGGAAAAAUUUUCUUUGCUGUGCUUGCGAAGAGAAUGAGCGCUUACAUGACCCAGAAUGGAUAUAUUAACACCUCUAUCCAGAAGGGUGGUGUUGAAGGGUUCUCCGGGUGCUUGGAGCAUACAGGGGUCCUCAGCCAACUCAUCCAAGAAGCAAAGGAGAAGAAAGGCAGCCUAACAGUUGUCUGGCUUGACUUUGCAAAUGCAUAUGGGUCUAUUCCCCAUAAGUUGAUCCAAGUUGCUUUGGACUACUACCACAUCCCACAUAACAUCCAGGGCAUGAUCACCAGUUACCUGAGAGACAUCAAGCUACGAUUCCAGUCUGCCAAGUUUACAACAAAGUGGCAGCCAGUGGAGAAGGGGAUAGUGACAGGAUGCACAAUCUCUCCCAUCUUGUUCAUCAUGGGAAUGAACCUGAUCAUCUCUGCAGCGAGUACAAAGUCAAGAGGACCGAAGACCGCAGCAGGAUGUCAACAGCCAGCAAUCAGGGCAUUCAUGGAUGACCUUACCGUGAUAACACCAACUCACGUGCAGGCAAGAUGGGUCCUGGCAGAAUUGGAUCGUAUGGCCACUUGGGCAAAGAUGGUCUUCAAGCCAAAAAAAUCAAGGAGCCUGGUGAUCCAAAAGGGCAAAACAACUGGAAAGUUCAAGCUACUUGUUCAAGGGGAAGUGAUCCCGAACAUCCAGGGGAACCCAAUUAGAUGCCUUGGAAAGUGGUAUGAUGAUUCCCUGUCAGACAGGAACAGCAUCUCCAGCACAGGAAAGCAGGUUGAAGAAUGGCUGAAAAAGAUUGACAAGUCUGGCCUGCCUGGGAAAUACAAGUGCUGGAUCUACCAACAUGGCCUGCUCCCGAGACUCAUGUGGUUUCUCACGGUAUACGAGGUACUUCUAUCAACUGUUGAAAAUAUGGAGAGGAAGUUCAACAAGCACCUUAGAAAAUGGUUGGGAAUACCCCCGAGCUUUACAUCCUUGGGGCUCUACAUAAAGUCGGGCCAGCUCCAGCUUCCCCUGUCUUCAGUGGUGGAGGAGUUUAAAGUCGCCAAAUGCAGACAGUCCCUGACAUAUAGGGACUCUCAAGACCAACUCACCAGGGAAGCAGGAGUAAGAACAAGAUCUGGCCGUAAGUGGGCCGCCAGCACGGCAAUUACCCAGGCAGAAUGUUCUCUCAUGACCAAAGAUAUAAUCGGAAACCCUUGCACUGGAAGACAGGGUCUAGGAACCGCACAUUUCCAGCAGUGGUCAAAGUCCACCCCUAGGGAGAAGAGAACCAUGAUCCAGGAUGAAGUCCGAAACUUUGAGGAAGAAGGGAGAAGAGCAAAAUCCAUCGAGCUCGCAACCCAAGGCGCCUGGACGAGGUGGAACCUCCCCAAGAGGACAAUCACAUGGAGUGAAUUGUGGCGGAUGGAACCCUUCCGUAUAUCCUUUCUACUCCGAGCAGUGUACGACACCUUACCAACCCCAGUCAAUUUGCAUAGGUGGAGGAUGAGGGAGGACCCAUUGUGCAGGUUGUGUGGCGGGAAAGGAACAACGGCGCACAUUCUGUCAGGGUGUAAGACCGCAUUGACACAGGGGAGAUACAGGUGGCGCCAUGACAAGGUGUUGGCAGUGCUUGCAGACAUUCUGGAGCAAGAAAGGAGGAAGAAACAACCAGCCAAACCAAGACCACUGCUGAGCACCCUCGGCUUUGUGAAAGAGGGCCAAAGACCUGUCAUCCACAGCCAAGCCAGGCAGAAUCUCCUGCAGUCAGCCCAGGGAUGGGAAAUGGAGGUUGAUCUGGGGAGGAAACUCCACUUCCCAGAGGUGGUGUUGUCCACAACGCUAAGGCCGGACAUCAUCAUGUGGUCUCCAGAGGGAAAGAAGAUCAUUCUGGUGGAGUUGACGGUCCCAUGGGAGGAGGGCUGUGAAGAAGCUGCAGAAAGGAAAAAAGCCAAAUACCAGCAACUUGUUCAAGACUGCCGGGACAAAGGGUGGACGGCGUGGCUGAUGACGGUGGAAGUCGGAUGUCGGGGAUUCCCCGCGCAAUCUGCAUGGAAUUUAUUAACAAAGGUUGGAUUGAGGGGCCACUUAAGGAAAGCAGCCAUUCGUAGGCUGGGAGAAGCGUCAGAGAGAGCCUCCUGUUGGCUCUGGCACAAGAGAGAGGACAUAAGCUGGAAGCCUGGAAGAGAGGGGCAGUGA